AGUAGGAUAGACUAGGUAAGAUGCCUCCUUCUCCAGCAUUGAGACACUCUCCAGGGAAGGAGCUGAGAGGGGAAACCCACAAAAGACGGCAUAGUUUGGAGGGCGGGUUGAGUGUACAAGAAAAAGAUGACGACCUUGCUUUGUUCAAUGACAUGCAAUCCAAAGAAAGGGAGGAUAUUUUGCUUCAUUCCUUGGAUGACGCGGAAGACUCAUUUUCUGCAAAACUGAAAUAUUUUUCAGAUUUCAAGCUUGGAAUAUCUGUUCCUGUUCGAAGGGAGACUAGUGAACUCCUUGUUGCAGAUGAAGAGAAAAAUGACUAUGAAUGGUUAUUAACUCCCCCUGACACCCCUCUUUUUCCUUCAUUGGAUGAUGAGCCACCUCCGGCUAACAUUGCUCGCAGGGUUAGACCUCAGACUCAACCCAUUUCCAUAUCAAGAUCAUCCACAAUGGAAAAGGGUUACAGAAGCAGUAGGGGCAGUCCAAGUCCAAAUCGUUUAAAUCCUUCACCUCGGUCUGGAAGUAGCACACUCCAAUCUAGAGGAAGGCCAUCUUCAGCACCUCAGUCCAGUCCAAUAAGGCAACAUACUCCAACUCGGAGACCAUCUCCUUCCCCUUGUAAAAGUUCAGUACCCACGCGAAGGUCUUCUACACCUACUCCUCAAAGGACAAGCACAGAGGGAAGGGGAUCAUCUCCUUUGAGGACAAGUAGGGGAAACUCUACAUCACCAAAAAUAAGGGCAUGGCAGUCAAAUAUCCCCGGUUUCUUCUUAGAUGCACCACCCAAUCUUCGUACUUCUCUGGCUGAUCGACCAGCAUCAUAUGUGAGGGGCUCCUCCCCUGCAUCUAGAAAUGGAAGGGAUACAAGAUUUGGCAGGAAAUCAAUGUCGCCAACUGCAUCUAGAAGUGUCAGCUCAUCUCAUAGUCAUGAUCGGGACCACUUAAGUUCGUACAGUAAAGGGUCUAUAGCGUCAUCUGGUGAUGAUGAUGUAGACACUCUAGAAUCUAUUCCUCUUAGUGGAUCCACCCUUUCUGUUUCAAGGAGGAUUGGCACAUACACAAACAAUAAGGGGCCAGCCACCUUUAACAAGAAAUCAGCUAGAGUGUUUUCACCAAGUUCUGCUCCAAAACGUUCCUUUGACUCUGCUCUUCGUCAAAUGGAUCAUCAGAAGAGUCCUCCAAAUAUGUUCAGACCUCUAUUAUCUAGUGUUCCAAGUACCACUUUUUAUGUUGGGAAGGGAAGUUCUGCACAUCCAUCUUUGAUGUCAAAGAAUUCAUCUGUUGCCACCAGCAGUAAUGCAAAUUCUGAUCAAAGUACAAGUUCUUUGUUUGAUACUGAAGGAAGCGACCAAUAUGAUGACAUGGCAAGUGAAUCCAGAAGGGGACCUUAUGCCAAUGUUCUAGAAGAGGUUUUUGCCUUCGAUAAGAUGGAUGUAGUAAACCAGGAUGCUAGCUAUGAAAGACGUAAUAUUCUUAAUGAAGAUGCUAAUAGAGACUCUGCAAUGCAAUGUGACCCAGGCCACUUUGAGGAGUUAAGUCACCAUGGUCUUAAAGUGGAAAUGAGUUCAAAUUCUGAUGCUCUGUGUGACAGGGGAGACCUUUCAGAAGUUGAUAGUUUUGAGAACGCAAAAAUAUGUUCUAAAUGUGGUUGCAGGUAUCAUGUUAUUGAGCAGGUUGAAGAAGAAAUCAGUCUUUGCACAGAUUGCAGUAGGCAACAUGAUAUAAUCGCUGGUGACAUUUCUGAUGCAGAGAAUUACAUAGGGUUGUUUAUGAAAAUUUCUGAAGAGGAUAAACCCUUUCCUGAAUGGUCUGGUUCACCUUUGCAGGUUAAUAAUGCAGUUGAUCCCUGGAUUUCUCAUCAUGAAAAAAAUAUAAAGCUAAGUGAAAAUUUCUCUCUAGAAAAUUCUCUUGGAGGUUCUCUGGCAGAGGGAGGUGAGCAGAGGCUUGGUUAUCAACAAGAGAUGGCUGAAUCAACUGUUUUUUGUUCUAUACCUGAGAUGGACACUGGAGGUCAGCAGCUGAAUUACUCUGAUGAAAAUUCUUGUUUGAAGGUUAAUACAUCAGAAGUUGUAGGUAUUUCAGUGCUGUUAAAGAGGUCAGGCAGUAGCAAGGGGCCUGUUGUUCUAGGUAGGACCUUUUCUAUCCUUCCAUCAGAAGAUCUUUCUUAUGCAAGAGACAGUUCUAACAGUUUUAGAAGCUCUGUUGGACAUGGGAGUGUAUCUGCAUCAUCCUCUGUCGAAUUGGGCUCAUGUAGACAAACAGAUACACGUGUACAAUUGAAUGGUAGAAAAUCUGAGUUGGAGAAUUACAGAUAUGACUUGAAUUCAAAGCCUCAAAGCUUUACUUUGUCUCAAAGUUCAAGCAAUAAUUACCAAGCUUUAAGUCUUGCAUCUAGUUCGAAUGAUGAGAAUUUUGAGGGUUCUGUUCGUAGUCUGAAAUUUGAGGAAGCCGAGGAAAUAGCUGUUAUUUCUCUAGCAAAAGCUUCAGAAAAUUCAGAGGCAAUUUCAUCAUUCCCUGAUGCUGCCGUUCCCAAAACUGAUGGUGUUGAGUGGAAUGAAAGUAGGCGAUUAACUGAUACUUCAACCUCUGGGCCAUUAGAGGACAAUUCAGCAGCACCAUUUCCUCCCAAUGACGGUAGUAUUUCAAUUGAAAAUGGAGAUAACUUACCAAGUAGUGCCAGGAUAGCCUCAGGAGUUGAAGCAUUAGCCACCACUUUAGAUCCUGCUCUUGAAGAGCAUGGUAUGAGAAAUGAUACUCCUGAUGGAGUAGAUGCUGUUGAGGCUGCUGGCCACAGCUCUUUGACUACAAUCUCAGAAAUUGAAAUUGAUAAUUCCUGUCGUAGUUCCUGCAGUUCAGAACUUGAUGGCUUGUCUCCAAAUUCUGAGAAGGAAAAGAAGAAAUCCAUGGAUCUUUUAGAUGUUAUGCCUUUAGAUGUGGAUGUUACUGCUUCUGUUCAGGAGCAUAAUAUCUCAGAUCACGCAGAUGGCGUUUUAGAGGAAUCAACUGUCAUGGUAGAAAGUCGUGGAGGAAGUAAGGCCAGAAGCCUAACACUUGAGGAAGCAACGGAUACAAUACUUUUCUGUAAUUCCAUUAUCCAUGAUCUUGCCUACCAGGCUGCAACCAUUGCCAUUGAAACCGAAAGUUCAGUGCCAUUGGAAGGUUCCAGGCCAACUGUGACGAUCUUGGGGAAAUCCACUUCUGACAGGAAAAAUGUAAGGGGGCGAACUGUUGGUAGAUGGACUUCGAAAUCUCGUAAAGUCAGGCAGAGGCGGGUAGAAACUGCUGUAAAAUCCUUGCCUACUGAGAUUGUAAAUGAUGAAAAUGCCUUUGAGCCUUCAAAUCUCAAUGUUGAUAUUCCUAAUAAGAUGGACAGUAUGAACCCUCCAAAGCUAGAAUCCAAGUGUAACUGCUCUAUAAUGUGAGAGCAACUUUUUCAGUCAGACCAAACAUGCAGUGCUUCACCAGCCUCAUCAUAACUUUGCUACUCAUCCGGUCGUGCUUGGAGAGAUUGGCAAAUGCUUUGUAUUUUAAAAUCAUUUUGUGGUUAAAUUUGUUGGCAAUGGGUUUGUCUUUGGUUCCACAUUUAUUUGUAAGAAAUCCACCGGCUGUUGGUAGUGGCAUAAAUUGUAAAGUUAUCUAGGUUGAUAUUAGUUAAGGCAGUGUGGGGGUGGGGGCAUUUGUAUUUUUUUCCCGAAUCG